GAGGAGCUCUGACAUCAGAGAAAGUGAAACUAACUUGAUCAACAACAAUAUGGACGCCUGAAACGAUCAACCUCUUUAAACAACAGAAUAUUUAUUGAGCCGUUCAAAGAGUCUUGUGGACACAUCUGAUACUCACAGUCAUGUCAUCCUCCAGCGGUCCACUGACUGAGGAGCUUCAGUGCUCGAUAUGUCUGGAUGUGUUCACUGAUCCAGUCACCACUCCAUGUGGACACAACUUCUGCAAGACCUGUCUGAAUAAGUGCUGGGACAACAGCCAGACCUGCAACUGUCCAUAUUGUAAAGAAACAUUCAAGAUCAGACCUGAUCUCAAGAUUAAUACCACACUCCGAGAAGUUGUAGAUCACUAUAAAAAGAAAAGUCCUGAGAAAAAACCUGAAGUUCUGUGUGACGUCUGUGAGGAAAGAAAGCUGAAAGCCCUGAAGUCGUGUCUGGUGUGUCAGAGCUCUUACUGUGAAACUCACCUGGAGCGUCAUUUGAGAGUGGCAGGUUUAAAGAAACACAAACUGAUCAAUCCUGUGAGUAAUCUGGAGGACUAUAUAUGUCAGAAACAUGAGAGACCUCUGGAGUUGUUCUGUAGAGAUGAUCAGACAAUCGUGUGUCUGAUGUGUGCUGUAACAGACCACCAGAACCACAACACUGUUCCUAUAGAAGAGGAGAGUGAAAAGAAGAAGACUCAACUGAUGAAGACACAGAAAGACACACAGCAGAUGAUCCAGGACAGAAUCAAGAAGAUUCAAGACAUCAAACACUCAGCAGAAGUCAGAAAAAGAAACACAGAGAAGGAGAAAGCAGCCCGUGUUGAGCUCUUCACUGAUCUCAUCCGCUCCAUUGAGAGAUGUCAGACUGAACUGUUGGAGAUGAUGGAGGAGCAGCAGAAAGCAGCAGAGAAACAGGAGGAAGAGCUCAUUGAAGAGCUGGAGCAGGAGAUCACUAAGCUAAAGAUGAGAAACACUGAGCUGGAGCAGCUCUCACACACUGAAGAUCACCUCCACCUCCUACAGAUUUACUCAUACCUGUGCAGCUCUAGAAACACCAGGAACUGGUCUGAGAUCAGUGUGAAGACUGAUGAGAGUCUGGAGACUCUGAGGAGAGCUCUGACUCAACUGCAAGACACUCUACAGAAGAAACUCACACAAACUGUCUCUACAGAUCUGAAGAGGAUGCAGCAGUAUGCAGUGGAUGUGACUCUGGAUCCUGAUACAGCUCAUCCUAUACUCAUUCUGUCUGAUGAUGGAAAACAAGCGAGAUGUGGAGACCUUUGCCGGAAUCUCCCAGACAACCCAAGGAGAUUUGAUAGGUAUACAAAUGUCCUGGGAAAAGAGGGAUUCUCCUCAGGGAGAUUUUAUUUUGAGGUGCAGGUGAAGGGAAAGACUAAGUGGGAAUUAGGAAUGGCCAGAGAAUCUGUUAACAGGAAGGGAAUAAUCACACUGAGUCCUAGUAAUGGAUACUGGACUAUUUGGCUGAAGAAUAAGAAUGAAUAUGCGGCUCUCUCUGAUCCUCGUGUCUCUCUGUGUCUGAGAGUGAAGCCGCAGCGGGUCGGUGUGUUUGUGGAUUAUGAGGAGGGUCUGGUCUCCUUUUAUGAUGUGGAGUCCAGCUCUCAUAUCUACUCUUACACUGGUCAGUCUUUCACUGGGAAACUCUAUCCAUAUUUUAGCCCAGAUCUAAACGAUGGAGGUAAAAACUCAACUCCACUGAUCAUCACACCUGUCAAAUACAAUAAAUGAAUUUAUCUGUCUAAUAUACAAUAUUAGAUGAAUUUUUUUUUAUUUUUUUAUUUAAAGUCUGAAAACAUUUGUUGCUACUUGAAGAAUGAAAUGGCUGUAUGCCUCUGAAGUUUGUGAUGUUCUGAUUUAAAGGAAGAGUUGGAUUCUGUCAUCAUUUACUCAACUUAUCUGUCUGUUGUGAUGGAUUUUUUUAAACUAACAUAUGCAUUGGUGUGUCGAAAUAGUGAGAAAACUUAAGACACUGGCUAAAUAUAUCUAAAUAUAAUAGCCUCAUGACAUAUUGAGUAAUCAACAAACUAAUAACACCAUGAUUCUGAUGAUUUUGAUAUAUCUAAAUUUGCUUUGUUAGUACCAGAGGGAGUAGGUGGAUGCUCUUUUGCAAAAAAUGAACCAAUUAGAGGAAAAUGAUGUGAUGAUAAUGAGUAAUAUGUCAUGUUAUUUUGACUGUAACAUGUAAUCUAUCCUAUAUAAACUGCUGUAUUCUUUUUGCUGGUAGGACUCUGAUUGACACAAGGUCCUCCGGCCGUGAUUAAAGCAUAUUCAAUAGCA